UUAGGUUCAUGUCCUGAUGAAUUAUAAAUAAUAUCCGGUCGUACGCGAGGAAGCACUCGAUCGAAUCCACCUUUGUUAAAAAUGUUUAAUAAGUAAAAAUGAUAACAUUAUCGUUGCAUUUGUUUCGGACAUUAAUAUUAUUGUGGUGUUAAAAUAAUGAAUUUAUUCGUUAGAUAUUUAGUAAAAAAUUAAAUAUUUAUUCUGCAGUAUGAUUGAUAUCAAAAUUCAGUUUUUGUUAUUCAAUUACAUUGUAUUUGCCUUUGCUGAGGAUUAUGAAAGUGACGAUAAACUAUACAUGCUGGUAUCCCAAGACCAGCACCAACACACGCCUCGACUGGAAGACUUCUUCUGGACAGGAUCUGGAGAUGGACCACCGCCACCACCAGAUCCGCCCCUCCCUGCACCAGUGCAACCUUCCACACCAGUCGUGCGGACUACCACAGUCCUUGCUACUGUCUACCUGGAUUCUUACCCACCACAGGCGGUGACAGACAAAUCGACAGGCGAGUGCGUGCUAAAUUGUGGCGAGCCUGGCGUACCAGGUAGCUUGGAACCAGAGAUCCCCGAUGAUCGAAGGUACUGGCUCCUCACUGUCAUUCAGGGAUCCACACCAGAUAGCCUGCAAUUGAGACUCGCUAGGUUGUACCAGAAAGCCUUCUUGAGGCAACAAGAGCGUCACCUGGGCAUCAUCAAAUCUCUCGACGCACCACCUGCUCGAAAGAAACAUGACGUCCAUUCAUUUGCAGUGAACAAAGAUAAUAAUAUUAGUCCAGUAGGCCCACAAGGCACUAACUCGCCAUUCAAAUAUCUUGAUAUUGAUGCAUCAAUGGUUCCUAUAGAGUCAAUUGUUGGUACGAUGAUAAACAAUGAUGAAAAUUCUAGCACGAAGCUUCUAGAGUCUUCCAGAGAAUUUGUGUACCCAGCUAAUAUAGAAAUGUUUUCUAUUGACGCUAAUACGUUAACUCUAAAUGCUGAGAUAAAGGCUACAAAGUUGAAUGAAGUAGAAUCUUGGAUACUAGCUACACCAACUGUGUCCAUUCGUAAAAGGGAAGUGACUGAUAGAGAGCAAUUGGAAGAAAUAAAAGAAGACUCGAUAGACAUUCCUCUAGAAUCGGAAGUUAAUGAGACGAUGUUGUUUAAGCGGGAGAUUUUGAAGCCGGAGCAACAACCGCCAGUGCAAGUUCAUAUACAAAAUAUUACAGAGUCUCCAGAAACGGGUAGCGUUCAGAUAGUGUACGUGGUGCUGGUCGGUGGUAGAGCUGUACCAGCUGCGGUGGCUGCCAGAGACAUGCGACUGGUCAGAGACGCUGAAGUGGCGAGAGAAUUGGGUGCUGUUGUCACAACCAAAGCUGAGCCAGCGUACCUAAAAACAGCGGAGGGUUUGGAGGGAGAUGCAGGGGGUGGCGUGCAUGGUACUGAGCUAUGGGCACUGGCUGUGGGAGCUACAGUAGCUGUACUGUUGCUGCUCGUAUUGUUGGCUCUCUUGUGUCUGGCUCACAGGAAAAAGACAAUGAAAUCUGCAGCUUCCAUCCGAGCUUAUAGAAAUGAGUUAUUAAGAGAAGCAGAGAGGAAUCAACUGAAACAAGUGCAUGAAGAGAAAGAUGGAAGGCUGAUAAGUGUGGUGUCCCCAAGUAGAACGAGGCCCAGCAGUACUCUACUACCGAUUUACAGAGCUGCUAGUGCUGCUAGCAGUUCAUCAACAUCUUCUGGAGUGUCGGAGGUGGCGACAGCUUUCCGUCGUCGACAGAAGAAGCCACAUGCUCUUAGAAUGCCACAGAAGAAGAGAGUGGGUACGACAGAUAGUCUGCUAGAAGCUGCUGGACUGGACAGCUCUGAUAGUGGGCAGCCAUCGGCGCCACCUACUCCAACCUCGUACCUUUCGAUGCCUUCCGUCAAUGCUUUCCCGAGAGGCAACGUAGUUGAACCACUCUCUCGUAUACUAGAACCGGUCUCAGUGCGUCACCUAGACAUCGACUCCCCAGCAGUUUCUCCAAAGAAGAAUAAAGAAACUAGCAAAGAUGUCGUACCUCGACGGCAGAUGGCGUCCCAGUUAGUAAGACUGGGGAGCAUAGACAAGGAUCCCGGAGUUAUUGGACCUCUCGUCUGGGACUUGCAUUGUCAGAGGAUUAAGGAUUCCUCCAAACCAUCAAGUCCAGCAAGAUCUGCUACAUCAGCUCGCAAGGAGCCAGGAGCCUCUCGCAUGAGGCAGAGGUUCAACGAGCUGAUGGAUGAUGCCUUCACACUGUUCGGCAGUGUCGGAUCCAGUCCCAAUUCUCAGGACACUUAUACCGUGGAGGAACGGGACCCUAAAGAGAAGGGGACGCAAAAUGCUGGGGUUGCUACAGUUCCAGAUCCAACCGAGCAGUUGGCUCAAGCUCGCAACGACAACGUUCGACUCCCGGGCUCACCGUACACCGCUAUGGAUACCGUUAGGGGGCGGUCAGCUGGACCAGGGCGAGCCGGUCCCAGUACAUCAACGCCAGUGCAGACAGAGGGCGGUCGCCCUCGCACGUCGUUCACUCGGACUGCGGCGGAGCGACGGGUGCCUCCACCCACCAGGGCCUGGGGACAAACUCCCCCACAGUCCCUAGGUGGGCGGCCGACGGUGAACCCGGCGCUUAUAACGGCUGAGGGCAGGCUACAGGCCGAGGACCCAGCCAUACCACUCAUAUCUGCCAUCAAAACCGAGAUACAACGCAUCAAGGAGACCGCCGCUAAACCAAGUACACUGCCAAAAUGAUGAAUUUUUUACUAAUUAUUGUAGGAUAGUUGAUAAUUAAUGAGGUAAAAUAUUCAGGUAAAAUAUACAGAUUAUUCACGUGAAUUUAUUAUUUGAGAAAUUACAGAUUUCCUGCUAUUAUUUAUAGUUCCAAGUAUUAUUUCUUCGUAUUCAAUAGUUCACGUUAAAGGAGGCCAUACACGCUAGGUUUUACAUGAUGGUUUAAGCCGUGCAUGCUUAACCGACAAGCAAGCCCUAGCGUAUAUAUGUGAUUAAACUGUACAGUUAUCGGUGCAUGUACAUGCAACCGAGCAACUAUCAAAAUUCAUAUUUUAUGUCGCUCGGUUAUGUUUGUGCGCGAGCAUAACCGAGCGUGUAGCGUCCAGCGACCUUGCUGUCACAGUUCUCAGUUUUUUUUAUUUUCUCAGUAGUCCCGUUAUGGUAUAUAUGUUCUGUGGUAGUCUGGUAUUGGCGUCCUACACCCACCGUCACGUACUACGUAGCUCACUCAACUGAGAGUUCGUGGCAAAAUGGUGCAUGCAAAACCUAACGUGUAUGUGUGAUAUGAAACUCGGUUAUGCAUGCAAAGUUAUAACCAUCAUGCAUAACCUAGCAUGUAUGGCCUCCUUAAGUAAAGUAUAUAUUGUACCCAAGAUCGUUGGAACUAAUGUUAAGGUAGUUCUUAGAUAUGUAUGAUUUUAUACACCACAACAAGAAUUUUUUUAUUAAUAAUUCUUUUACAAACUACGUUUAAAAACCAACUUGGAACCUCUUUUUUAAAAUCGGUUAAAAAGAGCCUCAAAAUCAGGUAGUCAUUUAGUAUUUAUUGUUCAAGCUCAUUCUAUAUGUGAACAUUAGCUACCAUUAUUGAAAAAAAUAAUAUUAAUGUUACAAGACUACCUACAAAAUUAUGACUAAUGAGUAAUUUUCUAUUUAGUCUCGAGUAUUUUAGCAUUUUACAGUUGUAUUUAUGUAUAAAAAAUAUGAUUUUUACAUAAGUGUUCUAAUAAGUAUCGAAUUGGUGUAAGUGCAAUGAAUAAUCUAAUAUUUAGUGAUAUUAACAAACAAUCUCUUGUUUUCUAUAAGUUAAAUAUUGUUAAGCUGACUCAUAAAAGGAUUCAGCGAAAAAUAUUAAAAAUGAAAGUUUUUCUUGAUUUUAUAAAUCGUUCACUUGUGUUUGGAAUCUCAAUUUUUAUUGUUAUAAUUUUACAUAACUGUUGUAGAGAGUUAGUGGCAAUCAUGUAUUAUUUUAUUAUAUUUAAAUCUAGUUAAUUAUUGUUAAACGUAGACAUAAGUAUUAUAAAAAUAAUUAAGUUCACUUGUCAUAAGUUUGUUGUACCUAUAAUAUGUCAAAACGUGUGCGUAACCCAGGCCAGGUAUUGUUAAAAUGGUCAUUUGAAUCUUAUAGAUAAUUAGUUGGGCGGCUUCU